CAGCAGCAGAGGUGAUCUGUCCAGCGUUCAGCCGGACUGCUAUUAAUUGGCUCAUGCAGCGGAGGAAAUUUACUUUGAGUGUAUUGCAAAGAUAAUGGAGGACUACUGCGAUUCGUGGGUGUCAGCGAUGCUCUGGCGCUGAGGAAUUGCAGGUGCGGAGAUCUGCAUUCUAUCAGCCUACGACCAAGAACACCAUCCUCGAGCAAGCAUCCAAUUUCUCAUAUAACAUCAUAUUAGAUUGAUCGAGUGCCAACCAUUGAUCAGCAGGGAGUGGUUCUGAGAAGUUCCCGAGGAUGAGCAGCAAAGAAAGUGAAAUGAUGUCAUUCUGCUCACUCAUGGUUACCGGGGCAUUCGAUCGACGGUGAACUGUUCCUAAAUCGUCACCCACUCUCUCGGCUUGGUCUCUACAUAAAUACACCGGUCUGUUCUUGUUCGUCACUGAUCUGCCUACUAUCUUUUUUCUGCCUUUACCCUCUGUUCUUGCUACUCUUGAUUCGCAAUGAAGUUCUUUGCUCUCCUGUUGCUGGCUUGUGUCGUCCUUUCUGUGUCGGCAUGGUCUCCCCUCGGCUCUCACUCCCAUUCUUCCGAGUUCAAUUCCUGGGACACCAAGCGUCUCAGCAAAUGGCUCGAAGACAACAACAUCAAGUUUGAGAACAAAAAGUCCCGCGACGAUCUGCUUGGGGUCGUGCGCAAGAACUGGAACUCCGUCACUGCCUCCGCCAGCCCCUUCUCUACCUGGAGCGACGAUCGCUUGGCGGACUAUUUGUCUGAGAAAGGCGUUGCUGUCAAGGAAUCUGCAAAGCAGAACCGCGACUGGUUGCUCGAGCAGGUGCAAAAUACUUGGAAGAGCACCAGCGAUGAGGCUGAGGAGAAAUAUGCAGAGACAAAGGACUACGCAUAUGACAGUUGGAGUGGAUUCAAGUCUUCUGCUGCGUCUACCAAAGACUACCUUAUGCAGAAGAUUGCCGAGAACUACAACUACGUUGUCUCAAAGUCCAAGAAGGCGUCCUCGGACGUUGCCGAUUCGGUCUACGAGACUUGGUCUGAGGCUGAUCUGAAAGGAUGGAUUGAGAGUCACGGUUACAAGGUCCCUGAGACACCCACUCGCGAAGAGCUUCUGGAGCUUGUGCGCGAAUAUUCCUCGGACGCCAAGCAGACCGCUCAAAACGUCGCUGAUUCGGCUUACGACAAGUGGUCCAGAUCUGAUCUCGAGAGCUGGCUCGUGAGCAAUGGCUACAAGGCUCCCGCAAAGACGACGACAAAGGAAGAGCUGGUCAACCUUGUUCGCAGCUACUCCUCGAAGGGUAAAGAGGCUGUCCAGGGCGCCUCUGACUCGGCUUAUGAUUCGUGGUCCAGAUCUAAACUUGAAAGCUGGCUCGUGAGCCAUGGCUUGAAGGCGCCCGCAAAGACCUCUACUAAGGAGGAGCUGAUCAACCUCGUGCGCAAGCACUCGAACAAUGCAAAGGAUGCUCUCAAGAACGCGAAAGAUCAAGUGACUUUCAACAGGCUUAAGGAUGAAGCUUGAGUGAAGGCAGUGGAUGUGGCGUUUGAUAUGGCUUCUCUCAGAUUUAUAAGUGUUGGCGCUCGUCAGGUAUAGCUUGUAGGCUAGUUAGUGGGUGAAAAAUUAAUACGAUUGCUUAAUUUUGAACAGA